UUCAGAGGAAAUAAAAAAUCAAAUACCCAUUAAAGUCUCUCUCUCUCUCUCUCUCUCUCUCUCCCUCUCUCUCUGAACACAACUUUGCAUCACUCACAUUCAUUCUUUGCUUCCUCCUCUGAUAUCACGAGAUCCCCAUCUCUCUUUCUCUCUUUCUAUGUCUUCCUCGCACUCUCUCUGCUAUUACAUAACUCAUUCUUUGCAUUCUUAACACAAACAAUUGCUAAAACAACCGAAACUCUCCCACCCACCAAUUACAAUUCACAAACAUUUCUUUGCAAACUGGUUGUACGACAUGUCGCAUUCUGCAAAACCCAUACAAGAAAUCUCCAGCUUUGACUCCUUAACCACUCGGUUCCAUGACUCACUGAGUUGCGACGAGAACAAGCCCGAUUUCCGCGAGCUCGAUCUGGCCUCCCCAGUCUCCCCCUUGAGAACUCGUGGCUCAGUGGCCAAUGGUGCACUCACUCCAAGCUCAAGCUCCAGCUCUUCUGGCUCAGCUUCGGCCAAGAACAGCAACAACACCCAGUUGGCAAGCAGAUCCGAAACCAAAUCAAACAACCACUCCGGAGAGCUCUCGGGCUUGUCCGAAACCAGCCCAAUUCCCCAAGACCCUCACCGAUCCAGUAAUUCUAAACCGGGCCAUCGGAGAUCUGUCUCAGCCGAACCCCCUUUGAUCUAUUCGGGUGGAAAUGGAGCAACUUCAGCUUCCUCGAAUGGGACAGUAUUACCAAGCGGUAACAUUUGCCCAUCUGGGAAAAUCUUAAAAGCGGUUCCUUCUCCUAGAAACGCAACUGGGGCUGGAAGAAUCUUAAAAGCUGGUUCUGGGACUGGUAACUAUGGCCACGGAAGCAUAGUAAGAGGCGGUGCUAAAUUGGGCGGUGCUGGCACUGGGAGUGUCGUAGAUGCUAAUGUGACUGGGAAUAUACAUUUUGCUGGAGAAGCUAUGAUGGUCAGGCGAGCACUUGCUAGUACUGAUCCUGAAGAAGUGAAAAAGGCUGGGAAUGAGUUGUAUAGAAGAGGCCAUUUUGUGGAGGCCUUGUCAUUGUAUGAUCGGGCUAUUUCCUUGUCGCCGGAUAAUGCUGCGUUUCGGAGUAAUCGAGCGGCGGCAUUGACGGCAUUGGGGAGGUUGGGGGAGGCAGUGAAGGAGUGUGAGGAGGCUGUGAGGUUGGAGCCUAGUUAUGGAAGGCCACACCAGAGAUUGGCAUAUCUUUAUCUCCGUUUUGGGCAGGUUGAAUAUGCCCAACGCCACCUCUUUUUCCCUGGGCAACAGCCUGAUCAAUCUGAGUUGCAGAAGCUAAAGUCAUUGGUGAAGCAUCUGAACCAAUGCACAGAUGCCCGGAAGAUUGGCGAUUGGAAGAGUGCAAUCAGGGAAUCUGAUGCGGCCAUGGAAAUUGGGGCAGAUUGCUCUCCUCAGCUUAUAGCUUGUAAGGCAGAAGCCCUUUUGAAGCUCCAUCAAGUUGAAGAAGCAGAGUCUAUCCUUUCAAAUAUUCCUAAGCUGGAAAAUUAUCCUCCUUGCUGCUCGCAAACCAAGGUCUUUGGAAUGCUUGCUGAAGGUUAUCUUCUCUAUGUCCGAGCUCAGGUGGAGAUGGCAUUGGGAAGGUUUGAGAAUGCAGUUGUGGCAGCCGAGAAGGCUGGUAUGAUUGAUGGCAGUAAUUUUGAAGUUGCAAGGGUGUUAAAUAAUGUGAAAAUGGUGGCAAGAGCUCGUUCCCGGGGAUAUGAUCUUUUUAGCUCUGGAAGAUUUUCUGAAGCCUGCUCAGCUUAUGGAGAAGGCCUCAAAUAUGAUAGUUGCAAUUCGGUUCUCUAUUGUAACAGAGCAGUUUGUUGGUCUAAGCUUGGACUAUGGGAAAAAUCUGUUGAGGACUGCAACCAGGCCCUUAAAAUCCAACCAAAUUACACCAAGGCCCUUCUAAGGAGGGCUGUCUCAAAUGCAAAGCUUGAACGGUGGGCAGAGGCUACACGAGAUUAUGAGGUCUUGAGGAGGGAACUUCCUGGAGACAAUGAGGUCGCUGAAUCUCUACACCGUGCACAAACUGCAUUAAAGAAAUCUCGUGGACUGGAAGUUCAUAGUAUGACCUUUUGUGGUGAAGUAGAAGAAGUUUCUAGUCUAAAUAAGUUUAAAUCUGCUACAUUGUCUCCUGGUGUUUCAGUCAUUCAUUUCAAAGUGGCAUCAAAUGAACAAUGUGAAGAAAUAUCCCCGUUCAUCAAUAUGCUGUGCGUUCGAUAUCCAUCUGUUAAUUUUUUUAAGGUUGAUGUGGAGGAGCUCUUAGCAGUAGCAAAAGCUGAGAGCAUAAGAACAGUACCAACAUUUAAGAUUUACAGGAAUGGAGAGAAAGUGAUGGAGCUAAUCCGCCCAAGCCAUCAAUUAUUGGAAGACUCAGUGAGGAACUUUAGCCUUUAGAACAAACGCCCAACCAUACCAUACAGCAUUUGAUGGUAAUUGUCCAUGUAUUCACUGUCUUUACCCAAUUCAUACUAGGAGAUUACUUGUUACAUAAUCAGCUACAUAAUUGUUUCAUAGAGGUCUAAGGCAGUGAAUCCCUUAGAGAAAUAGCUUCUUAGUUCACAUUUGCGGAAUUAUAUGGUCUUUCCAUUUCAUUUCUCUCUGAUUUAUUCUUCCUUCCACAUUUUAAUUCCAAAUCCAAUAGCUGUCCUUGUAAUUUUUUGGCAUAUCUCAGCCUUAUUCUUGUGUCCCAUGUUCCAUUUUUGGAGGAAUAAAGCUGAAAAAGUGUACAAUUUAAUUA